AUGUCGAAAUCAGCUGUUGCUAUACUUACGAAAAUUUCUCUUAUAACUUCUUUUUCUACUUGUUGCUUGUUAGAGCUGAAUACGAAGAAUGAAUUGAAGGCUCGAAUGCGAAUGCCUUUUAUACAGAAAAACAUUUUGUUAUCAGCAGUUGGAGACGAGAAGAAACGAGAAGAACACAGAUAG